GCAACUUUUCAUCUGACCGAAGAUUUGGUAUAUCAUUAGUUGGUAAAGACAACAUCAUGUCUUCUUCAGAUAGAGCUGAUAAACUCAAUCUUCAACAUUUUGAUGAAAAGAAACUUCAACAGAUGUACCUAUGUCAUAAGUUGUAUUUGAAAAAACGAUUGCUCCAGAAAAAAAACAUCAGGAAAUUUUAUAGCUACGAAGAAUUUUGUAAACAGUUGGUAGAAGUGUGUAAUCUUCGAGCAAAAUACGGACUUGAUCCACCAAAGGAACCUGCCAAGGAGCUCAUUCAAAGUGCUCCAGUCAAUACUGGUGUUGAUGCAAGAAAAAGUUACCAUGCAUCUGUUUACAGAGCCUCUCUCCAAAAUGAUGCAUCCAGGAGGAGUAAUAAACACAGUAAGGUGUCGGGAAUAGCGAAGGGAAAGGGUGAAGCUGGCGAGGGUGGUUCCAGACAACAUUGUGUGCAAGAGGUUACCAGUUCUACGAUCAACGACAGGCUCUCCGUGGAGGUGGAAGUGUGUAAUCUUCGAGCAAAAUACAGACUUGAUCCACUAAAGGAACCUGCCAAGGAGCUCAUUCAAAGUGCUCCAGUCAAUACUGGUGUCGAUUCAAGAAAAAGCUACCAUGCAUCUGUUUACAGGGCCUCUCUCCAAUCAUCUGCAUCCAGGAGGAGUAAUAAACAUAGUAAGGUGUCGGGAAAAGCGAAGGGAAAGGGUGUAGCUGGCGAGGGGGUUUCCAGACAACGUUGUGUGCAAGAGGUUACCAGGUCUACGAUCAACGACAGGCUCUCCGUGGAGAAAGGAAAGAAUAAACUUUGGCAGAACGAAGAUAGGUUAAUUCGUCCGACCCAAGGUGUGGUGAUCAAUGAGGGCAUGGAAGGCAAACGCAAGAGAGGAGGUCAUCGCGAAGUUGAUGCCGGAGGUAACGGGAAACUAAAGGGUAAGGCUAUAGGUUCUUUGGAAGCCCCCGAUGCUCAAAGCGUCGACUAUGAAUUCACAAGUAUAUCAUCCAACAACAAUAGGGUGUACACUACGAUCAUUGUGAAUCAGGAUGAAGAGUAUUGGGUUAGAGAAGUGUUUGAUGCAAAGAAGAUGCGCAAGAAUGUGAUGCAAUUUCCAGCAAAUGUGAUUGAUAGUUGCCUUCUCCGCCAAAUUUCAAACAUUGUUUUACUUGACUGUGAUAAGGGUGAACCAUACUACUGUGAGAUAAAGAAGAGGGAAGAGAAGAAGGAAACAUAUCUGUGUGGGGCGUGGUUUGAUUACGUAAGGAAAGCUGAUUUGAAGGUCGGUGACAAACUCCAUUUUGUCAUCCGAUACCCACCGGUGGAGGAAAUAUUGGUAUAUGUUGAGCGUAGGGCUGCAACCCCAUAGGGGCACCGAGGAGGAUCAUAGUUGCAAUGGUUUUUUUGAAAGUUACUAUUUGUAAUAUUAUAAUUUUAUAUUGUAAACAAUUAUGGAAGUUUAUUAAGUUUUAUUUAUAAUGUUCCAGAUACAAUGUUAGUUGUGAUGUGAAGUGAAGUAUAUUGGGUAUUUUGUAUGUGUUUGUUAAGUUUUAAUGUAAGUGAUUGUUAUUGCUGGGAAAUUUUAUGGUUGACCCCAGU